AUGGACGUCGAGACUUUGCAACAUUUUGACGUAAGAGACGUGGUUAAACUGAAUGUAAAAUCUCUGGAAUUCUUCGGCUACUUUUGUCCCGAUUUUACAACAACGUUCAUGAAGGUGAUUUAUUACACCUACGCACUUUUGUUUGUAGGGUCCAUGUUUGUUCUCUUCAUGGUGAGUGAAAUCAUCAACAUGGUAGUCGUUUUCGGGGACAUUGAAAAAAUGACCGAAGCGUCUUUCCUGCUUUUGACACAUUUAGUGCAAGCUUUAAAGCUGUACGUUUUUGUUGUUCACAAUUCUAGAGUGAGACGGUUAAUUAACAGUUUAAACAGAGAAGAGUUUAAGCCGAAAAAUCAACAACAGUAUAAUUUGUUAAUGGAAGAUGUGCAAAUGUCGAGAAUACUCACUAAAAUUUUUUUAAUUAUGUGUGUUGCUACUUGUGUUUUGUGGGGGGUUUUUCCCUUGUUGGACAAAGAUGGUGGUGAAGAAACGACAGAGUUACCAUUGAGUGGAUGGUUCCCGUUUGAUACUCAAAAAUCUCCUAUAUUUGAAUGUGUUUAUGUUUAUUUGACCAUGGGUGCUAUGAUCAAUGGGUUAGCGAAUGUCAGCAUGGAUACUUUCUUGUCUGGGAUAAUCAUGGUGAUAUCGGGACAGCUGAAAUUGUUAAAUAACUCUUUUCAAAAUCUUAAACAAAAGUGUACAGAUACGUCACUUAAUCAUAUUGAAGAAGGACUUAUUAAAAAUAUAGUUCAUCACAAGAAUAUAAUCCAGUUUUCUGAAAACAUGACUGAGCUUUUUACGACGUGCAUCAUGGGCCAGUUUGUUGUUAGUGUUAUUAUUAUUUGCAUAACAAUGUUUCAAAUGAGCUUGGUGUCAGUCAUAAGCUUACAAUUUUUAUCUAUGGCGCUUUAUCAAGGUUGUAUGGUCUUGGAAAUUUUUCUGUGGUGCUACUAUGGAAACGAAGUUAUAAUUCAAAGUGAAAAACUUACACAGUCAGCUUAUUCUUGCGAAUGGGUCGGUUGUUCCAGAAAUUUCGGGACCAAUUUGUUGUUUUUUAUGGCACGGUCACAAAUUUCGUUGAAAUUGUAUGCUGGAGGCUAUUUUGCGCUGUCUUUGGAAACAUUUAUGGCAAUCGUGAAAUCCAGUUGGUCAUAUUUUGCAGUUCUAAAUAGAGUUCAUUCAGAUCAAGAGUAG